AUGGCUGCCAAAUCAAAUUUCACGACUCUUCCCCCCGAGUUAAAGGCUGAAGUCUUCACCUGGAUUCGUACAAAACCGGAACGUGCAGUCGUUUGUCUUGUAAGCCGUGGAUGGAGAGAUAUCAUGGCGCCUAUCGUGUGGAAGGAACUCACACUGGAUCCCAGAACAAUCUCGACAACUAAGCUGACAACACUGAUGCUUCUCAACAGUGGUAUACUUCCUCACGUCCGCCAACUCAUUGCCAAUUGGGAACCGGUGUGGAACGAGGAUCUGAGUCAUGAUUUCCACGCCGCAGUUCAAGUCGUAAUCGCAACAAUACCGAAAAACAGGCUACUCGGUUUUAGAAGUGACAUGCCUUUUGAGCCGGCCUAUCUACUCUCCCUGCUUCACAACCAGCAAAGGAUGAGAAAUCUCGACAUAGCUUUGGACAAGCCAAAGAUAAGUCGUUUCCCCAUUGAUUUCGGGAUCACCAUGCAUCGAUCGCUGGUCACUACUGCGCUACGUGGAUUGACAAAGCUCUGGGUUCGCAUCGGCUCCGGUGAUCACACAUACCGAAACAGCGCAUACAUGAUUAGAUGUGCUCCAAAGCUUCGCGACUUGUCUAUUGACGGCAACGUAGAUGAAGAAGGAAACUAUGCUUCUUUCGAUCCUUUACUCACUUGUGAGGUCCUCGGGGGAUUACAUGCAGACGACAUAACCGUACAGCAACUUCAGCUCUCACGCUUCAACCUACUAUACCUCGACUUGGCGACAUCCCAUGUUGACAAAGCAUUUGUCUACAUAGAUUUUGCUUGCCUCCAAUCUCUUUCACUAUACUGUUGUCGCAACGUCGAACCAUUCCUGACAGCACUCGCAACACGGCAAUCACUGGACCCCAGCCUAACUGAGAUUGAUAUAUUAAUGAAAGGCGACGUGCUAGAGAGCGAUAUCCGAGCGAUUGAGCAUCUAUUGAGAAUCUCCUCUGGUGUUCGAACUAUCUGGAUAGAUGUAGGGAAAGCAAGGCCUGUGGACAUUUUGUGCAUCACUCGACAUGGCAGUACAUUACAGCAUCUCGGACUGAACAUCGACGCGGAAAAUGCAGCAUCAUAUUACUCUGCCGUCGAUCUAUCCACCAUCUUAAAAUCGGCUCCAGGCUUGACUCAACUGGCUGUCUACAUCUCUCCCAUAGAGAUGGGUUGGUCAGGGUUACUCGGCACAGAUUUCACCCUUGAUGUACUCGAUAGUGGGGAUACUAGUGUUUCCAAUGCCUUGGAGUCAUAUCUAGAUUGCAUCGCACGCCAUCGGUCCCUGCAUACCCUGCAGAUACUCUCGCUACCGAGUAUCGACUACAACAUGGACCCAGAUCCCAAUCCCACUCUGCGGAACCGACAACCUAUCUACGACAACUACGUGCCGACCGCGAGUUUGAUGAUGCAAAAGCUUGCUGCUGAAGUCAUGUGCUUCCUUCACAAGCUCAACUCCCACAUUACAUUACUUGGGCUCUGCCCACUUUAUAAUGAAUUUGAGCAACCGAAAGCUGAUCACAAUGGUCACAAAUGGCCGAGAUACUAUUACAUCCGUGGCCGUAUCUCGGAUCCGACGGGCAGAGAGCGUUUCACAGCCGUUCCUUUUGACAUUGACAAUCUGCCGGAUAGCUCGCUGUUGCGCCGCUACAGCGGUGGUAGUACCAGUUGGUAA